CAUUAAUACUAGAGAAGAAGAAGAACAACAACAACUAGCGUCAUCAGUCAGCGUUGGGUCUCCUGAGGCAGUUUUGUUGCCCCAUCACACAGCAGUUCACCCACAGUUCAGCCUCUUCACAGUAAAAGAUGGAAUGUUCCCAUUAGUCUAAAAGCGAAGAAGAUAAAGUUUGUGAAAGAAAGUAAACAUGAAUGAUCCAGAGCCCUGCGGAAUAAAACUGGAAGAUAUUGAACAACAAAUAGACCUGAUAGAAGAGUACGAGGAGACUGAAGAACUGAUGGAAGAAGGGGAGAUGCAUCAGGUCAAAACUGAAGAAACAUCCUGGAGUCCCUCAUUGAAAAAUAUAUGUUUCACUUGCCCUCAGUGUGGAAAGGGUUUCUCAUUCAAGGAAAAUCUUGACAUAAAAUUGCAUAAUGGAGGGAAGCCGUACGCAUGUGAUCAGUGUGGGAAGAUUUUCACUAUAAUAACAAACCCGAUUGAACACGUGAAAAUCCACACUGCAGAGAAGCCACACAUAUGUGAUCAGUGUGGGAAGAGCUUUUCACAAAAAGGAAACCUUAACGAACACAUGAAAAUCCACACUGGCGAGAGGCCAUUCCCAUGUGAUCAGUGUGAGAAGAGAUUCACACAUAAAGGAAACCUUAAUGAACACCUGAAAAUCCACACUGGCGAGAAGCCAUAUGCAUGUGAUCAGUGCGGGAAGAGUUUUGCACAUAAAGCAAACUUUAAUGACCACAUGACGAUCCACACUGGAGAAAAACCACACACUUGUGCUCAGUGUGGGAAGAGUUACGCACGAAAAGGAGCCCUUAAUUAUCACAUGAAGAUCCACACCGGAGUGAAUCUGCACACGUGUGAUCAGUGCGGGAAGAUUUUCAGGUAUAAAACAAACUUUAACCGCCACAUGACGAUCCACACUGGAGAGAAACCACACACUUGUGCUCAGUGUGGGAAGAGUUACGCACGAAAAGGAGCCCUCAAUGAUCACAUGAAGAUCCACACCGGAGUGAAUCUGCACACGUGUGAUCAGUGCGGGAAGAGUUUCAGAAAAUCAUGGGUUUUUAAAGUACACCUACUUACUCAUUCUAGAGAAAGACGGUACAAUUGUGACCAAUGCGGUAAAAGUUUUUUUAGAGCAGAUUUCUUGAAGAACCACCUGAAAGUUCAUACAAAGGAGAGGCCUCACAUAUGUUCUUUGUGUGGAAAGAGUUUCAGACAGACGAGUGCAUUAAAGAAACAUCAGAAGAGACACGGUGCUGUGAAGGAUCAUGUUUGCUUUGAAUGUGGGAAGGCUUUUUUUACAGAUAGUGCUCUGAAAGUGCAUCAGUCAGUUCACACUCGAGAAACACCUUAUAAGUGUUCACACUGUGACAAGAGCUUCAAACGCUCAGAAUAUCUGAAAAUACACGAGAGGAUCCACACUGGAGAGAGACCGUAUCACUGCCCUUCAUGUGGGAAGAGUUUCACUCAUUUAUCGUCUCUAUUCGGUCAUAAAAAAAAGUGCAUUUCUGAAAUUACUAGCAGUAGUUUGAGUUGAACUGUAAGACUGCAUCUAACAGUUGUUGAUAAUUGAUUAAUCCAAGGUUGUUAGAUCAAUGAAUCAACUGAUUGUUGAUCAUUUUACACCUUAAUAAUUAUGAAUUAUUUUAUUAUUUGCUAUUGAUUGCUAUUGUUGUUUAAGCUUAUGAAUAUGGUUGAUAAGAGAUUAGAGAAUGUCAUUGUUUCAAUGUUUUUAAUAUUGUGAAGCAGUGCUUUUUUCAUUGUUUUUGCUUUGGUAUAUUAGGACUUGUUGGAUUUGUACUGGCCAGACUAAGUCUGAGCUUUUAUACAAUUGCAUUCUGAAGAAGUCUUGAGCAUUGAAACAUACGCAACUAAGAUUAUUCAAUAAAUUGUGGUCUUUGUUAUGUCA